AUGAACCGUUCUACAGAUAAACACCAAGUAAUGGCGUCUAAUAAACUCGCUCAAUGUUUCAGUGUCGAGGGUAAUAUCGGAAGCGGAAAAACGACAUUGCUCACUUCCAUGCAAAAGACAUGGAGCAUCAAUUGCGAACCGGUUGAUAUGUGGCAAACGUACGAAGGAAUAAAUUGGAUUGAACAGAUGUAUAGUGAUCCUCACGCCAAUUUGAUGCAAUUCCAGAUCAUUGUUUUAGCCUCCUUUAUGAAACGAUGGCAAGAUCCGAUAAAGAGACCAACAUUAAUGGAACGCAGCUCUUUAAGCGUUGCCAUUUUUAGUAAACACGCUUUGCUAAACGGUUAUCUAUCCCAUUCCCAAUAUACGGCAAUGGUAACAUUGACUAAAAAUCUGACGAUGGUAACUCCAGUCGAUGGGAUCAUUUAUCUAAGGACUACGCCCGAAAAUUCCUAUGCACGUAUGCUAGAACGCGCCAGAUCGGAAGAAUCGCUCAUAACGCUAAGUUAUUUGAAACAGCUGCACGAAUUGCACGACUUGUUUUUAAUGGGACGAGAUGACGUUUUUGUUUUUGAUGGCGACUUGGAGCUUGAACAACAAUCUCAGGAAAUUUGUCGUUUAGAACAAUGGAUGGUGUCCAGAACAAGUUCUCUCCUUAACCGAUUGUCUACCUUUGAUCCAGCUAAAUUUGACAGCGACCAAACAUUCAAAAUUACGGCCGACAAACCCGUUGAUCGAAAUGAUCAGAUAUUAUAUUACGGCAAGUUAUCGACAUAUGCUCAACAAAGCGAAAGCGACUGGCUGUUGAAGAUGCGCUAUAUCUGGCUCAAAAGAUAUGACAAGGUAACUGAUUUUAAAAUUGCAAAAUUGCUCAAAAGAGCAUCCGUCACAGAUCCUUGGUUACCGCAAUGGACCGAUUGGCGAAAAAACGACAUUACUAGUUCGAUGGGUUCGCUGCUAGCCUCGUUAUGCAAAAGUUUUGUUGACGAUACUAGUGCCUUUUUUCAAAACAAAGAACUGGGCAAAUUAUUGAAGAGCGCCGUUACGGCAAUUCAUGAAUACAAAAUACGGCCAGAAAAUCAAGACAAUUGGUACACGACUUGUUAUACAUAUCCAUCGAUGUUGCUCUCAAUGUAUACCGACUUGCAGAUAGUUUCUUCCAUAUACGAUUCUAAAUGGUUAUACGAGUUCAUUUCCGACAUAGAACUGCUCAUAAAAACGCCAACAAAGGCAGCCAGACAAGGCAAGUCAAAACGCACUUCGUAUGAUUCAAUUUUACUAGGUACCAAUCUUGUGUACGCAAAAAAGAUUCUUAAUCACGAUAUUGAUUGGAACCACCCAGACUAUGAUUAUUUCAAGAAACAGUUGAACAUAGAGUUUGUCAAAGUUGGUGAAGGUCUCUAUCCAGAUUAUUCUUGUGUGUUUCAUGAAAAGGUGCGCUACUAUGGUUAUCUUUACAAUAGCUCAUAUGCCAGUGAAAUAAUGAACAUGUUCAUUCCUAACAAUUAUAGCCAAAUAUGUAACGAAUUGGAAAACAUAUUGGGUCAUCCGGGCAUCGACAACAAUAACACAUCCCUAUGGGGGCGAGGUAUAAUGGUUGGUCGUCAAAUAAAGGGUGGUGUUUUGGGGGUUCAAAUUCUAAACUUUUCACGGAUUAUUAAUGUCAAAAAAUCGCGGUACUUUGCUCAAAUUAUUGGCCCCGUCCGGUAUCUAUCCUAUUACGAAUCAGAUGUCGAACCGGGCAACGCACAUUCAGCUCAUUAUUGGUUAUUUUAUUCGGAACCUAUGACCCCGUUUGUGUCACGUCUCUACUCACCGGAAACAUGUCGCUAUCUUCGCGGUGUUUUACACAACGGUACACAAUUUAAAUUGGCACAUAAUACCCCGAACAAUACAUAUAAAUGGAAUUCGACGGAUUACUCUGCCUCUACAUGUGCAACUCUAGGGUCGUGUACGGCUAUCUCGAAAAGGUACGCCAUUACAGAACUUAACGACUAUUUCAAUAAUAACAACUGGCGUGCCGAUGAUCAAUAUACAACGAAACAACAGGAGUUAACUCUAAAUUUAAUCACUUGGUCAGCAGACAUAGAUACGCAUAAUUCUUGGAAAAAUCUUCACGAGCUUGCCUUGGCUGAUGACAAUACUUCCGAUUUUACAAUGUUUAAUAACGGCAAUGGUAUCAAAUUAAAGCCCGAAUAUCAAUUUCAAUUUUUACUAUGGGAACAUCACGCGAGAGUUCACACCGGUAUCACCGACAUUUGUUUCGACGAGGGCAUCUAUUCGAUCUAUGUGUCUACCGAACCCUAUAAAACGAUCCAAGAAAAAUUAUGGAUCACUCUUGAAACCGGUAUCCUUAUUUAUCAUAACAUUGUACGAAUCAACGGUAUUGACGUGGCUCGAUUCGAGUUUGAAAAUAAAGUCCUAUAUGUUUUGCACGGCCAGUAUGCUACAAUGAACGUAGUCAACAAAUUCAAAGACUCAGACGGUACUGAGAAAUUUAUCACCGAAACUACAGUUCAGGCCAAACCAUACGCUAUGCAUUUGAAACAGUCCCAAAAACCAGAUAGCGUUAUUGCGAUUUGUAUGUGGGUAUCGUUAGUGGAAAAAACUUACGACAUCUCGUCCGAUAACAUCCAAAUAUCAAUAGAAUUUCAGCAAAAAUAUGUUCAGGACCUACUAACAAUUUCUAUACGGAAUUAUACAAUUAUCACUCAAUCUGCGUUAGUAAUUUUAGAGAAAAUCGAUGGAGACCAUUAUAACGGCGUCAUUAUUGACAGUCUCGAUGAAUAUCACGAUAACCACUACGUAACUUGUUUGGGUCAAACACGACUGAUGGAAAAAUACUUCAAUGAUAAAUUUUACCUAGACUUUAGAGAAACGCAGAUUCCUUUUAAAUGGUCGUUCGACAACUUAUACGAUAAUGAAAUCGUUCGUAGCAGGUUAAUAUGGACCCCGGAUCCAUUACAUACACCGUUACAAUUUAAACUUUAUCGCGGAACUCGGGCGUGGACAGGAGAAGGUCUUGUAGAUGCAAUAACCAAAGAUGGAUGUUUUAUGUUAAACGAUGAUGGUAGCAUUGGGAAACCAUUCGUUUUUCCGGGUUUCUCUCAAGGCAUCGACGAUGUUAUCGAGUUCAAUACAUGGCAGGAAUGGAGAAACAACAUUCAUCUUGCAUAUAAUAAAUCGUCUAAUAAUGCAUACGAACCAAAGUUAAAGACAUUUGCGGGAACUAUCAAUAGUAUGUAA